AUGCGUCGCGUCAGGCGUGGCUGUGGUAUCCCGGGCAGCGUGGGUGUCGGUGGCCCGGGCUGGGGGGAUACAGGGGUGAGGGUUAAAUUGAGGGGACUGGGAGCGGCAGUGGUUGAGGGGACUGGGAGCGGCAGUGGUACGUGUUGCAGUUGGUUGAGGGGACUGGGAGGGGAGAAGGAAGAUGGCUUGGGACGAUUAAAACGUCCUACCCACUAUUAUAAUACUCAUACUGGCCGACACUUCACUGUCGCUGCCUCCGACCGUCUCCAUCAGAUUCCCACUCAACAGCUCUCUAACAGAGUUUCUACUCAAGAAUCUGCCACAGAUACCAAUUCCUCCCCCGCCCCUUACAUCAUCGUCCCCGUCGCCCUCAUCAUCGUCGUCAUCUGCGUCAUGGUCUACUUCCGCAUCCGGCCGUUCCACAGGGUGCGGUAUCUACUGCGCAGCUGA